AUGAACACUCUUGCUAGGUUUAAUCAUUUAAAUAAUUCCGAUUUAUACGAUUACGAUAGUGAGAACGAAGAAGAAUUUGAAAAAUCACCUCUGCCAUUAAGACCACCUAAAUCCAAUAUCCAUGCGGUUUUGGAAACAAACUUGGAUAGACAUGAACAAGAACAAUUGGAAAGACAACGGUUGGAACAUCAGCAAAAAUUGGAACAUCAGCAAAAAUUAGAACAUCAGCAAGAACAUGAAAGACAACGAUUGGAACAUCAGCAAAAAUUAAAACACGAAAAAGAAUUGGAAGAACAAGAAUUGAAAAGACAAAAAUUAGAACAUGAAUUAGAAUUAGAAAAACAAGAAAAAAAUCGACAAGCCGAACAGAAAAGAAAACAAAAGAAACAACGGGAAAUCGAAUUGAAACUCGAAGAAACUCAAAGAGAAAUGGAAAUUGAAAGAAAUAAGUUAGUUGAAAUCGAAAUCGCCAAACAGAAAAAUAAAGAAUUUGAAAUGGAAAAGAAAAAACUAUUAAAGGAUAAAACUACUUUGAAAAAUUAUAAAUUUAAAUCUUUUAAUUCAAACGGCUUAAUCAAGUCGGCCAGUCAGCCAUUACCAACAAUUCCUCCCACUCAACAACAAAAGAUUCAACAACAACGACAACAAUUUUUACAGAAUCAAAAAUUACAACAGCAAAUCCAAAAACAAUUACAAGAACAAAUCCAGUUCCAAAUCGACCAACAGGUUCAAUAUCAUUUAGAGAAAAACUCAAAUAACGUCUUUGACGACUGUUCUUUGACCAGAUUAAAUGACGACGAUACCAUGGUGGGUGAUCUUCCUUCAAAUGAAGACAUAUAUAACAGCAUUGGCCAUAUGAGCUUGAUUCUAAACCAAAUCGACUCUCGUCUAGACAAUUUGGCCCCUGCAUCGAAAACUUGCUCCCCCAAGAUAAGAAGAAUCGCCAGCAGCCCUAAAAUAGUUUCCUGUCCUUCAACCAAAAAAAUCACCAGAAUUAACUCAAACUCAACCUUAAGCACUCCUACUAAAGCGAAAAGAGUGUCAAAGCAAAACGACAUCUCGCAGUUCUUAACAAAGAAAAUUUAUCAAGACCUAACUUCCAUAAUCAACAGUUGUACUCCUGCUAAAUUCUUCAUCUUAGCCUUUUGCAUCGUUUAUUUAUCCAACAGAACUAUCUCCUUGCUCAUAUUCGGCUCCACCGCAUUCCUAUUCGGCCUAUCCUCCUACUUGCAUAAUCUAGCCACUAAAUCUUGCUAA